GGGGGCGGUAGUCGGGGGUGGUGGGAGAAGGCGGCGGCGGCGGCGGCGCAGGCGGCGGCGAAUCACUUAUAAAUGGCGCCCAAGCAGGACCCGAAGCCUAAGUUCCAGGAGGGUGAGCGAGUGCUGUGCUUUCAUGGGCCUCUUCUUUAUGAAGCAAAGUGUGUGAAGGUUGCCAUAAAGGACAAGCAAGUGAAGUACUUUAUACAUUACAGUGGUUGGAAUAAAAAAAGUGCUGUGAGGCCCAGGCGCUCUGAAAAAACUUUGAAGACACGUGAGGAUAUUGUAGCCCCUUUUCCAGUUCCUGAAGGAGCUCCCUCAGUGCACCAUCCCCUCCUGACCUCUAGCUGGGAUGAAUGGGUUCCAGAGAGCAGAGUACUCAAGUACGUGGACACCAAUCUGCAGAAACAACGAGAACUUCAAAAGGCCAAUCAGGAGCAGUAUGCGGAGGGGAAGAUGAGAGGGGCGGCUCCGGGAAAGAAGACAUCCGGCCUGCAGCAGAAGAGUGUUGAAGUGAAAACCAAAAAGAAUAAGCAGAAAGCACCUGGCAAUGGAGAUGGUGGCAGUACCAGUGAGACACCCCAGCCUCCUCGGAAGAAAAGGGCUCGGGUGGAUCCUACUGUUGAAAAUGAAGAAACAUUUAUGAACAGAGUUGAAGUUAAAGUGAAGAUUCCUGAAGAGCUUAAACCAUGGCUUGUGGAUGACUGGGACUUAAUUACCAGACAGAAACAGCUCUUUUAUCUUCCUGCUAAGAAGAAUGUGGAUUCCAUUCUAGAAGAUUAUGCAAAUUAUAAGAAAUCUAGAGGAAACACAGAUAAUAAGGAGUACGCCGUGAAUGAAGUUGUGGCUGGGAUUAAAGAGUACUUUAAUGUGAUGCUGGGCACCCAGCUGCUCUACAAGUUUGAGAGGCCUCAGUACGCAGAGAUCCUCGCCGACCACCCUGACGCGCCCAUGUCCCACGUGUAUGGAGCACCCCACCUCCUGCGACUGUUCGUUCGCAUUGGAGCGAUGCUGGCCUACACUCCGCUGGAUGAGAAGAGCCUGGCAUUAUUACUGAACUAUCUUCAUGAUUUCCUCAAGUACCUGGCCAAGAAUUCUGCGACCUUGUUUAGUGCCAGCGAUUAUGAAGUGGCUCCCCCUGAGUACCACCGGAAGGCCGUGUGAGCGCUCAUGUGGGAUCUGUGGAACACGUUGCAAGCGUGCGCACGUGUUUGAUGUGUGUGACACGUUCCUAAUCCUCCUCUUGUACAGACGGUGUACUUUGAAGAUGUUAGUGUACUACAGAAUUGAUCAUUGUUUCGUUCCAUUUUAAACAGAGAAAAUAAAAGGGGUUACCACUCCUUUUCCUUUUCUUCUUUUCUUCAUUUCCAAGUCGCUACCAGUGUAUCCAGUGAGGACAGCAGACAGCCGUCGCAGCGUCACCUUGGUGACACUGCUGCUUCCAUGCUGGUGGUCUCUUCCUUUGACACUACGCACUUUGAUAAUACGUGUUAACGCCGUGUGAGCACGCUGACCAGUGCCAAAGGCCCGAUCAUGUGUAGAGCCGCACCUCGCCCGCUGUGCUUUGGUUUGUUUUCAUGGUGCUUCACGCACAGACCGUCCUCUCCUCGCGACCCUCGCUCCCCACGCACUCCAUCCGCUCAGUUGUUGAAGAUUGGUGGCUUGUCUCAUGGUUUUUGUAUUUUGUGUCUAAUGCACGUUUAACAUGAUAGACGCAAUGCAUUGUGUAGCUACGGUUUUCUGGAAAAGUCCAAUCUUUUAGGAGUUGUUUUUCAGACCUUCAAUAAAAUUUUUUCUUUAAAUUUCAAA